GCCCGCCCUCUCGCGCCCCCUCCCCUCGCGCGCGGCCGGGGCGGGCGGGCUUCUCCGGGCCAAGCCGAGCCCAGCAGCAGCCGCAGCCGCAGCCGCAGCAGCAGCGCCGCCCGGGGGGCCCGGAGGGGGGGCGAGGCGGCAGCCAGCAGCAGCAGCAGCAGCAGCGCACGGCGGCCCGGCCGGGGCGAGCGGCCCCAGCACCAGCACCAGCACCAUGGACGACCUGGAUGCCUUGCUAGCAGACCUGGAAUCCACGACCUCCCACAUCUCCAAGCGGCCAGUCUUCCUGGCAGAGGAGACGUCUUACUCGUAUCCAACUGGGAACCACACAUACCAGGAGAUCACGGUCCCCCCUCCGGUGCCGCCCCCUCCCUCCACCGAGGCCUUGAAUGGGACCGUGAGUGACCCUUUGGAGCGCUGGCCGCCCGGCCUCUCCAGGAAUACUCCCCAGCAGGGUCAGUCCCAACCUCUGGGGUACAGCGCCAGCCCUUCUGUUUCCAGAGAGUGUGUGGCCUCUCCUCCAUGUGCUAGUGAAGAGGAGCACGUCUACAGUUUCCCCAACAAGCAGAAGUCUGCAGAGCCGUCUCCCACGCUGAUGAGUUCCUCCCUAGGAAACAACCUGUCAGAACUGGACCGACUGCUCCUGGAGCUGAAUGCCGUUCAACACAACCCUCCUAGUGGCUACCCAGCAGACGAAGCCACCAGGAACCCCUCUCUGGCCAGUGGGACUAGCUCUCACUAUGGCCUCUCGGAGGACACUACCUCUUUGAACGCGAAGCCGACACCCCUUGUGAAAGAGAAGCCCAAGCGGAACGGAGGGCCCGCCGUGGAGGAUGUGUGUCCCAGCGUGGAGAGCCUCUUGGACGAACUGGAGAGCUCCGUGCCCAGCCCAGUCCCAGCCAUCACUGUGAAUCAGGGCGAGAUGAGCAGCCCCCAGCGGGCCACCUCCAGCCAGCAGCAGACGCGGAUCUCUGCCUCGUCAGCCACAAGAGAACUGGACGAGCUGAUGGCUUCGCUUUCCGACUUCAAGUUCAUGUCCCAGGGGAAAACUGGGAGUAACUACCCAUCGUUGGCAGCUCCGAAGCCUGGCAGCCAGUUGGACAGCAUGCUCGGGAGCCUUCAGUCCGACUUGAACAAGCUUGGGGUAGCCACGGUUGCCAAAGGUGUAUGUGGAGCCUGCAAGAAGCCCAUUGCCGGGCAGGUGGUGACGGCGAUGGGGAAGACGUGGCACCCCGAGCACUUCGUUUGCACCCACUGCCAAGAGGAGAUCGGCUCGCGGAACUUCUUUGAGCGCGACGGGCAGCCCUACUGCGAGAAGGACUAUCACAACCUCUUCUCCCCGCGCUGCUACUACUGCAACGGCCCGAUCCUGGAUAAAGUGGUGACGGCGCUGGAUAGGACAUGGCACCCGGAACACUUCUUCUGUGCACAGUGUGGAGCGUUCUUUGGCCCGGAAGGCUUUCAUGAGAAGGAUGGGAAGGCCUAUUGUCGCAAGGAUUACUUUGACAUGUUUGCCCCGAAGUGUGGAGGCUGCGCCCGGGCCAUCUUGGAAAACUAUAUCUCAGCCUUGAAUACUCUCUGGCACCCGGAGUGUUUUGUCUGUCGGGAAUGUUUCACUCCGUUCAUCAAUGGCAGCUUCUUCGAACACGACGGGCAGCCCUACUGCGAGGUGCAUUACCACGAGCGGCGGGGCUCGCUGUGCUCGGGCUGCCAGAAGCCAAUCACUGGGCGCUGCAUCACCGCCAUGGCCAAGAAAUUCCACCCGGAACACUUUGUCUGUGCCUUCUGCCUCAAGCAGCUCAACAAAGGAACCUUCAAGGAGCAGAACGACAAACCUUACUGUCAGAACUGCUUCUUGAAACUCUUCUGCUAGGCCCCCAGGCAGCCUCCUCGCCUGGCUGGCCCGCCUCUGUGGACAUUGCCACGACCAGGCAACCAGUGGCCUUUGCG